UAUGGCAUUGGAAUUCUUACAUCUUCGUUCGCGCGCCUUCGUCCUCUCUCGCUCGCGCUCUCUCCCUUUCUCUUCGUGCUUGACUGCUUGUUCUCUUGCUGGUUGAUCUCUUUGCGAGAGAUUGAACAGUGGAGUCGAGGAAAAGAGGGAGGGAGAGAAAAGAUGAUGAAGAUAGAGGAGGUUCAAUCCACCACGAAGAAGCAGAGAAUCGCUACGCAUACCCACAUCAAGGGCCUCGGCCUCGACCCAACUGGGAAAGCGUUGCCCUUGGCAUCGGGGUUCGUGGGCCAAGCUGUAGCUAGGGAGGCUGCUGGUCUUGUUGUCGACAUGAUUCGCCAGAAGAAAAUGGCCGGUCGAGCUCUCCUGCUCGCUGGGCCACCUGGGACGGGAAAGACGGCAUUGGCUCUUGGCAUCUCUCAGGAGCUUGGCAGCAAGGUUCCUUUUUGCCCAAUGGUGGGAUCAGAGGUGUAUUCUUCAGAGGUUAAAAAAACUGAGGUACUAAUGGAGAACUUCAGAAGAGCUAUUGGUCUUCGUAUCAAGGAAAAUAAAGAAGUGUAUGAAGGGGAGGUAACUGAGCUUUCACCAGAAGAGACAGAGAGUAUGACAGGGGGAUAUGGGAAGAGUAUUAGCCAUGUAAUUAUUGGGCUAAAAACUGUUAAAGGAACGAAGCAAUUGAAGCUGGAUCCAACUAUUUAUGAUGCUCUGCUCAAGGAAAAGGUUGCUGUAGGUGAUGUUAUCUAUAUAGAGGCUAAUAGUGGAGCAGUUAAAAGGGUGGGCAGAAGUGAUGCAUUUGCUACAGAAUUUGAUCUUGAAGCAGAAGAAUAUGUGCCAUUGCCGAAAGGUGAAGUUCACAAGAAAAAGGAGAUAGUGCAGGAUGUUACUUUACAUGACCUGGAUGCUGCUAAUGCUCGGCCACAAGGUGGGCAAGAUAUUUUAUCUUUAAUGGGUCAGAUGAUGAAACCCAGAAAGACGGAAAUUACUGAGAAGCUUCGCCAAGAAAUUAAUAAGGUGGUUAACCGGUACAUUGAUGAAGGAAUAGCAGAGCUGGUACCUGGAGUGCUAUUUAUUGAUGAGGUUCACAUGCUUGAUAUGGAAUGCUUUUCAUAUCUUAAUCGUGCCCUUGAGAGCUCACUCUCACCUAUUGUAAUUCUUGCAACAAACAGGGGAAUAUGUAAUAUAAGGGGAACUGACAUCAGCAGUCCACAUGGCAUACCUGUGGAUUUAUUGGACCGUUUAACUAUCAUCAGGACUGAAACUUACGGUCGUGCAGAAAUGAUACAGAUAUUGGCAAUCCGAGCUCAGGUUGAAGAAUUGGUUGUUGAUGAGGACAGUCUUGCAUAUCUUGGGGAAAUUGGUCAGCGGGCAUCCUUAAGGCACGCUGUUCAGUUGUUGUCACCAGCAAGUGUCAUAGCUAAAAUGAAUGGCAGAGAUGGCAUAUGCAAGGCUGACCUUGAGGAAGUGACCUCACUAUAUCUUGAUGCAAAGUCUUCAGCAAGGGUUCUUCAGGAGCAACAGGACAGAUACAUUUCGUGAAAAACUCUGCCACCCACAUUCUUUGGGAUCAAAUUGACGUUCCUCAGAGGGGUACGUUUUGUGCAGUAUCCAGGGUUGCACAUCCCAUGCUUCAAUUCAGUCAGCACUGGGGCAUCAUCUAGAAAUUCUGUGGCCAUGUUUUGCGGGUUGCAAGUAUUAGACUCCAAAUGGGAGUGCAGUUAGCACAGAUGCGGUUCUUGUUAGGUAUUUUUAUUUUUUAAAAAUUAUUCUUCCAUUUACUUUGUGAGCCAUCCAUCCUCUAAUGAUCUACCUAGGCAUGCAUGAUUGCAAUGCUCUUCGUCCCUUUUGUCCUGGAUAUUGGUCCAUUAGAUGAAUUCCAUGAAAUGAAUGACUACCGUGAGAAUGGUGCAGAAUUGUCCUGAUUGAUGGAAUUUAUGUUUGUUUUCUCUUA